AUGGAUUCCGGAGAAUACGGAAGACACUAUGUGAAGGCUCAUUGGAAGUCAUGCCGGAGGAGUAUCGGCAGUGCUCUGCUUCUGUUUGACAGAGAUGAGAAACUAGAGGCUAAGAAAGAGGAAAAUAUACCAAUGGUGGAAUUUAUAGCCGUAGUGGUUAUAAGGAUCAGCAACUGGCUUUAUCGAUGGUCAAACCCUAAGUGCAAUGGCAAGUUACCACCAGGGACAAUGGGUUUUCCAAUCAUUGGAGAGACAUGUGACUUCUUUAAGCCUUCUGAAUUCAACGAUAUCCCACCCUUUUUGAAGACGAGGAUGUUAAGGUACGGGCCAUUGUUCCGGACGAACAUUCUCGGUUCCAAAACAGUGAUCUCAACGGACCCAGAUGUGAACUUCCAGAUUUUCCGGCAAGAGAACACGUGUUUCGAGUCAGGCUAUCCGGACAUAUUUUACAAGGUAUUUGGAAGAGAUAAUUUGCUCAUGGAUGCUGUGAACCUCCACAAGUACGUCCAAAAAAUCACCACGGAACUUCUUGGCACAGAGGGUUUGAAGAGAACGAUGAUAGGAGUCAUGGACAGAGCGGUCCGCGACCAUUUUAUAUUGAAGGCUAGCCAAGGGAGCUUCGAUGUUAGGAAAGAAGUUGACAGCCUGGUAUUAGCAUACAUGACACCGAAGUUGAUUAGUAGCCUCAAAUCAGAGACUCAAUCAAAGCUUAUGGAUAGUUUAAAUGACAUGUCUCUUGAUUGGUUUCAGUCCAUCUUCAGUCUCUCUACUUGGAAAUCUCUCAUCAAAGUCAUGAAGUCACGUGGAGAAGCCCUCCAGGUGAUGAAAGACGCACUCAGGAUGAGAAAAGAAUCGAGGGAGAAGCAAGGAGACUUCCUCAACACAAUGCUUGAAGAACUAGAGAAAGAAGACAGCCUUUUUGACCAAGGAUCGGCUAUAGACCUCACCUUCCUUCUUUCGUUCGUCUCGAGAGAAGGUACCUCUCGUUGUACUGCUUUGGUCGUGAAAUUCAUAUCCAAGAAUCCAAAAGUGCUUGCAGAGCUCAAGCGUGAGCAUAAGGCAAUCGUAGAGAACAGAAAAGAUAAGGAAGCUGGACUUAGCUGGGAGGAAUACAGGCACAAUAUGACUUUCACCAACAUGGUUAUCAAUGAGUCGCUUCGAUUUACAAACUCGACCCCUUUACUGUUUAGAAAGGCUGUGAACGAUGUUGGAAUCAAAGGGUAUACGAUUCCGGCAGGUUGGAUUGUAGCGGUUGCACCAGCAGCGGUGCAUUAUGAUCCAGAAAUAUAUGAGAACCCAUUUGAGUUUAACCCAUGGAGAUGGAAGGGGAAAGAAAUGGUGUGGGGCUCCAAAACGUUCAUGGCGUUUGGAGGUGGAGUGAGACUGUGUGUAGGUGCAGAGUUUGCACGGCUUCAGAUGGCAAUCUACAUUCAUCAUCUUGUCACCUAUUACGAUUUCUCUUUGGUCCAAGACUGCGAGGUCACUCGUACACCAUUUCUUCAAUUCACUAAGGGUCUUCUUAUAAACAUCUCCAAGUCUUCCACCAACUGA